UUGUCAAACACUGUCAACCUGUCAGCAAAUUCAAAAAGAAAUAUUUUUGUUGUGAUUACAUUGUGUUUACAUAUUUAUCUGUAUUUCUAGAUAUCAUAACAGAACAUUUAUUAUUUCUUUAAAUUUUCAAACAGUUAGAAUGACGGAAGUUCAGUUACAAGAAUUUAAAUUAGAGCCCAAUUCCGAACUUCGUUUCGAAGUCGAAUCAAAAAAUGAAAAAGUGGUUCUUGAGGUUAAAAGUGGCUACGCAGAACUAUUUGGCACAGAGUUGGUGAAGGGGAAACCAUAUGAAUUCCAUACAGGUGCUAAAGUGGCAGUGUUCACGUGGCACGGCUGCACAGUAGAGCUCAGAGGCAAGACAGAAGUUAGUUAUGUUGCAAAGGAGACACCAAUGGUAAUCUAUCUAAAUGUGCAUGCGGCAUUGGAACAGCAGAGAGUGGCCGCGGAGCAGGAAAACACGCGAGGCCCAGUCACCAUGAUUGUGGGCCCAGGAGAUGUGGGCAAGUCCACACUAACACGCCUGUUGCUCAACUAUGCGGUGCGGAUGGGCCGAAGACCUAUCUAUGUGGACCUAGAUGUCGGUCAAGGGCACAUUAGUGUCCCAGGGACUAUUGGUGCACUCCUUGUGGAGCGUCCAGCGUCCAUUGAGGAGGGCUUCAGUCAGCAGGCGCCGCUGGUGUACCACUUUGGCCACAAGUCUCCCGAGGAGAACAUUGAGCUAUACAACACAAUAGUCUCCCGGCUAGCGGAGGUUAUCACUGAGAGGUGUGAAAAUAACAAAAAAGCGUCAACAUCGGGUGUGAUCAUCAACACGUGCGGCUGGAUCAAGGGCGCGGGCUACAAGGUGCUGACUCACGCCGCGCAGGCAUUCGAGGUGGAUGUGAUACUUGUGUUGGACAACGAGAGGUUAUACAAUGAGCUGAAACGAGAUAUGCCAAAGUUUGUGAAAGUCGUAUAUCUGCCCAAAAGUGGUGGGGUGGCGGAGCGGUCGGCGGCGCAGCGCGCGGAGGGGAGGGACGCGCGCAUCCGCGAGUACUUCUACGGGCGGCGCACCCCCUACUACCCCCACUCCUUCGACGUCAAGUACUCCGACCUCAAGAUAUACAAGGUGGGCGCGCCCUCGCUGCCGGACUCGUGCAUGCCGCUGGGCAUGCGCGCGGAGGAGGCGCUCACCAAGCUGGUCGGCGUCAGCCCCGGGCCCGCGCUGCAGCACCGCCUGCUCGCCGUCUCCUUCGCCGCGGAGCCCGACGACCACGUGCCGCACUGCAACCUCGCCGGCUUCGUCUGCGUGACCGCCGUGGACCCCGAGCGCCAGACGAUGACGGUGCUGUCCCCGCAGCCGCGCCCCCUGCCCACCACCGUGCUGCUGCUCUCAGACCUCCAGUACAUGGACAACCACUAGCGCGGUGCCGCUCCAGCGCUCCAGCAACUCUUCAGUCAAACUGACGCCUAACAUCUAGUUGUACGAGUCGUCUUAAAUGUGAAUUUGAAAAUAUUUCAGCUGUGAUGUAACUGUACGCAAGACGCAUCGCGUUACAGUUUCUAUGAUUGGACCCUUUUCUUGUAAAUUAAUUUUAAUUAUGUCUUCGCAGAUAGAGUAGUCGUAAUUUCUGUAAAUAUUUGUAAUUCAUUAAAAUAAAUGAGACUUAUAAAAUGUUUUA